AUGGCAGAGAAACGCUCCAACCUUCCCAAGAAGGGGGAAGAAUGCGCUGGUGGUGCCCCAGCACAGCAAGAUGCAGGGAGGGACCUGACAAAAGAGCAGAACUCUGCGCGUAGCAGCUGGUGCUUUAUAGGCCAGAUGUUUACGAACAAAGGCGCUUGGUGUCGAGACAUGAUCACCAUGUUGACCAAGCGUGAGGCAAAGCCUGACCCCGCACCCACUCAGAGCAUAGCUCCUGCUCCCAGCAUGGAUUCUUUUGGAGACAGGCUUGUCUCCAGUCCAAAUCAAGUGCCAGGUUUAGUUAGGAACAUGCAUCAGAGGCUCAUGUCCAGUGAGGCUCCAGACGACAGGCUGUUCAUGGACAUCCUGAGGCUGACUGAUGCUCACCCCACUGAUGUGGCAGUGACCCUCCUGCGCUGUGCCCCAUCGUGUGAUAGAGGUGCUGCAAGCAUGUGGAAAACCAUAGCAUCAUCAGGAACAACACUGGACAAGGUGCUGCCAUCACUGCUCUCUGUGCUGGAGGGCUGGCCACAGCAGAGAAUGUACACCUCAGAUGGAGACAAUACGGAUGUAUUUUCCCUGGCUGCAACCAGGGUGGUUUGGGAGAUUCUCCGCCUGCCCUGGUGCCCAGAGCCGUUUAUGGAAUAUUCCCCCCAUCUCGUCGUGGCUCUGCUCUUCCAAGUUUUUAUCAGUACAGAGCAGGUGCCAGAGGAGGUUGAUAAUUUCUGGAGGACAUGUCAGGAGCAACGCGGCCUUUCCACGAGCAUCAACAGGUUUGCAAUGCAGACUUUAAGGGCGCUGUUCCACCAUCUGCGCUGUGUGCAUUUAGUGGUUGCAAUGGAACGCAAGUGUGGUUGGGACACCCUUCUCUGUGUUGACACCCACCACUAUGCUGUGGGUCUGCUGGCCAGGUGA